GUAUCACUUGCACUUCUGGAAGCUAAGGAGAAAUGGAAGAUGGAGCUUGGAAACACUGAAGAAAGUGUCAAAGAACUUGAAGCAAAGGUUUUUUCUCUGCAGAGGGAACUAGAGUUAAAGGAGGAGGAAAUCCCUGUGAUUGUUCGGGCUAAGUUGGCUAAGUCCCGAAGUGAGUGGAACAAAGAAAAACAAGAAGAAAUCCACAGCAUUCAAGAACAAAACGAAAAAGAUUACCGCAAAUUUUUAGAUGAUCAUCGAAAUAAAAUUAAUGAGGUGCUUGCAACAGCGAAGGAAGAUUUUAUGAAACAAAAAACCGAGCUGAUUCUUCAGAAGGAAGCUGAAUUACAGGCAUGUCUAGAACAGAAACAAAGAGAGUGGACAAUUCAAGAAGGCAAGCAACUCCAGAUGGAGAUUCACCAAUAUGAGGAGGAUGUUCUGACUGAGAUUGAGCUUCUUGUAGAGGAAAUUUAUGAAGAGCUCAGUGGAAUUGAGAACAAACAUCUUUCAAAAACUAAACCUCCUUGUUUUCCAAGACGACUAAAUGCCCAAUAUUUGGAAAAACUUAGGGCCUGCAUACAGAUGGCUUUUAGAGGUACACUGUAUCGACUUCUAGAAAAUAGUAAUCCUGAAUGGAAAAUGAAAAAUGAAGUCAUGAUCUCUGACACAAAGGAUCUUCCUUUGGAGCAAAAUGGCAAGGGAGAAACUGGAGACCAAGCAAGCCUUCCUGUUUACAAUGUUGGGCACCAAAUGCAACUACAAAAAAUGCUGAAACAACAUAACCACCUAUAUGAAAAAAUUGCUGAGCCUG